AUGCUUAAAUCAAAUGAUUGCUUGUUUCCUGUGGAAAAUUUGUUUUUCAAAAAACAAGAUGAAGUUGAAAACUAUUCAGACAAUGAAAAGUCACUGGAUUGGUUUCUCCCAUCCGUGCCAUUGAUUUCAGAAAUUCCAGAUACUGAAGAGUUAGAAGAAGAAAUAGAAAGUCAUAAUCUUAUAGGUCAGGAAAAGAGGCCAAAAAUGUUAACAUCAAAUUUAAAGGUUACUAAUGAAGAUUAUGUUACCCCAACACAAAAUUUCCAGUUUGCCUUCCACCCUUCUACAUAUGAGCAAGAAGAUCAAAAUUUAGGAGUGACAGAUAGCAAUGAUUUGCCACAUGUUGCUGGGAAGCUGACAUAUUGCUCUCAGAAGUAUAAAAAUCACAUUGGCUCUGCAGUAGCACCUGAGAAAAAUGUUCCUGCUGAUACAAAAUUAGUUAAUUUUACAGAAGAUAAAGGAGUGAGCACAUCAGCAUUCCGGAAAAGAUUAUUUAAAUUAUCUGACAAUGUGCAAGGAAGUGUUUAUUGUAAUGACAGUGCAAGCUUGAACUCUCAUGUUACCUCAGUGAAAAUUGUCCAAACAGAUAUGAACAAAGGAAAGUCAUGGUCAAGCAAUAGUAAUCAAAAACUUCAAUAUUCUGCAAAUAUGUUCAUUGCAAAUAAUGCUUUUUCGGCUUCUGAAAUUGGAAAAGGUAUGUUCAAAGUAUCAACUCUUUCACUUUCAUCCCAGCCUCAUGACAUUCAAAGGGGAGCAGAAGACGGUUUAGGUUCCUUGAAGGCUGUCACAGAAAUCCCGACAAAAUAUAGAAGUAUUUUUAAAGAAUUUCCGUAUUUUAACUAUAUACAGUCAAAAGCCUUUGAUGAUCUUCUUUAUACAGAUAGGAACUUUGUGAUUUGUGCUCCAACUGGUUCUGGGAAAACGGUAAUAUUUGAACUAGCUAUCACAAGAUUGUUAAUGGAAGUACCAUUACCAUGGUUGAACAUUAAAAUUGUUUACAUGGCACCAAUAAAAGCCCUAUGUAGUCAGCGUUUUGAUGAUUGGAAGGAAAAAUUCGGACCAUUAGGUUUGAAUUGUAAAGAACUCACUGGAGAUACGGCAAUGGAUGACCUAUUUGAGAUUCAGCAUGCUCAUAUUAUUAUGACAACUCCAGAAAAAUGGGAUAGCAUGACUAGGAAAUGGAGAGACAACUCUUUGGUCCAGUUGGUUCGACUGUUUCUCAUUGAUGAGGUACAUGUUAUAAAAGAUGAAAAUCGUGGUCCAACUCUUGAAGUUGUAGUCAGCAGAAUGAAAACUGUACAAUCUUCAUCCCAGAUUUCAGAAAAUACCAGCGCUAUUAUUCCAAUGAGAUUUGUAGCUGUAUCUGCAACAAUUCCAAAUGCUGAGGAUAUUGCAGAAUGGCUUUCGAAUGAUGAAAGACCUGCUGUGUGUCUGAAAAUGGAUGAGAGCCAUAGACCUGUGAAACUUAAGAAAGUGGUCCUUGGAUUUCCUUGCAAUAGUAACCAAACUGAAUUUAAGUUUGACUUAUCCCUCAACUACAAAAUUGCCAGUGUUAUACAAACAUAUUCUGAUCAGAAACCCUCACUUGUGUUUUGUGCAACAAGGAAAGGUGUGCAACAGGCUGCUUCUGUUUUUGUGAAAGAUGCUAAAUUUGUUUUGACUAUGGAACAGAAACAGAGGUUACAGAAGUAUGCAUAUUCCGUAAGAGAUUUGAAACUGAAAGAUAUCUUAAUACAUGGUGUUGCUUAUCAUCAUGCUGGUAUGGAGCUGUCAGAUAGAAAAGUAGUUGAAGAAAUUUUUACUAUUGGAGAUCUACCAGUUCUUUUUACUACCAGUACUUUAGCCAUGGGAGUAAAUUUGCCUGCUCACCUAGUUGUUAUAAAAUCUACAAUGCAUUAUGCUGGAGGAAUGUUUGAAGAAUAUAGUGAAACAGAUAUUCUGCAGAUGAUUGGUAGAGCUGGUCGACCUCAAUUUGACACUACAGCUACGGCAGUUAUUAUGACUCGAUUAAGUACAAGAGACAAGUACAUUGAAAUGUUAGCUUGUAAUGACACUGUAGAAAGCAGUUUGCACAGACAUCUCAUUGAACAUUUAAAUGCUGAGAUAGUAUUACACACCAUCACAGAUGUGAAUAUUGCUUUGGAAUGGAUACGAUCAACCUUGCUUUAUAUCAGAGCCUUGAAAAAUCCAUCUCAUUAUGGUUUUACAUCUGGAUUGAAUAAAGAUGGAAUUGAAGAAAAAUUACAAGAAUUAUGUUUGAAGAAUCUGAAUGAUUUAUCAUCGCUGGACUUGAUAAAGAUGGAUGAAGAUGUUAAUUUCAAACCAACUGAGGCAGGAAGAUUGAUGGCUUGGUAUUAUAUUACAUUUGACACAGUGAAGAAAUUUCAUAAAAUCAAUGGAAGAGAAACUUUAUCAGAUCUGGUCACAAUGAUAGCCAGCUGCAAGGAAUUUCUAGAUAUACAGUUAAGAAUAAGUGAAAAGAAAACACUGAAUACUUUGAACAAAGAUCCAAAUCGGAUAACUAUCAGAUUUCCAAUGGAAGGAAGGAUUAAAACCAGAGAAAUGAAAGUAAACUGUCUUAUUCAGGCUCAACUAGGAUGCAUUCCCUUUCAAGAUUUUGCUUUGACACAAGAUACAGCGAAAAUUUUCAGAACUGGCUCACGAAUUACAAGAUGGUUAUCCGAUUUUGUGGCUGCUCAGGAAAACAAGUUUACCAUCCUACUGAAUAGUUUAAUUUUAGCUAAAUGUUUUCGGUGUAAACUUUGGGAAAACUCUCUGCAUGUUUCCAAACAGCUGGAUAAAAUUGGUAUAACACUGUCAAAUGUCAUGGUAAAUGCAGGUUUGACUUCCUUUAAAAAAAUAGAAGAAACAGAUGCAAGAGAACUUGAACUGGUUUUAAAUAGACAUCCUCCAUUUGGAACUCAGAUAAAAGAAACUGUAAUGUAUUUACCAAAAUAUGAACUUGAAGUGAAGCAGAUUGCAAGGUAUGAUGAUACCAUUGCGGAAAUAUUAGUGACCAUCAUAUUAAGAAACUUUGAACAGCUGCAAACUAAAAGAACAGCACCAGAUUCUCACUCUGCUACCUUGAUCAUAGGUGAUGCAGAUAAUCAAGUAGUUUUUAAGUACAAAAUUAUGGAUUCUGUUUUGCUAAAAACUGGAAAUUGGACUAAAAAGAUUGAUGUGAAGAGAGCUCUUAAAUCUGAAGAUCUUAGCAUAAAUCUAAUUAGUUCUGAUUUUGUUGGACUUGAUAUUCAGCAGAAAUUUUCGGUCUUUUACUUAAAACCCAAGAGAUCUGAAAAUCAAAUAAUUAUGGGAAGAAAAUCAGAAACAGAGGUUUCCCAUUCCAAGCAGUCAGAUAGAUCUACUAUAGCAGGACCUAAUAAAGGAAUGACUACUUGCAAAAAACCUGGGAACCGAGAAUGUAAUCAUCCUUGUAAAAAUAAACAAACAUGUGGACAUGACUGCUGUAAAACUGGAGUUGCACAGAAAUCAGAAAUUAGAGACUCACCAAUUUCUUCAUAUUUAUCUGAUUUAAGAAACAGGAAUGCCUGUUCAUCUCUUCCUCCAGUUAAACGACUCAAGAUUCAGAUGAAUAAACCUCAAAGCAUGGGCCUUACAAAGUUUGGUUUUACUCCAAAACCUUCCCUACCCAGUAUAUCAAGGUUGGAAUAUUCAAAUGUACCUGAAUUGCCUCUAAUGGAACAAUGGGAUCAGCAUAAAAUCUGUGGAAAAGUUCAGCAGGAACCAUCAGAAUAUCAAGACAAAGAAGUUUUGAAUGUGAACUUGGAAUUGGAAAAUGAAGUUUGGGAUGAUUUCGAUGAUGAAAAUUUAAUAGAAGUUACUAACUUUUCAGAUGAUGAGAAGACAAAGACAUCAGGAUUUGGAAGCACUUUGAGUUCAAGUAUCAGAGGAAGUGAGCUACCUCUACAGGAGUCAAAGAGCAAAUUCCAAAGAGAAAUAUCAAACAGUUUUGUUUCAUCACAUGAGAAGGCAGAUAUUUAUUUAUCAAAUUCUGCUUUGUCCAAGUUUGGUGCAUCCUCGAUGGCACAAUUACCUCAACAAGCUGGAAAUGGAAGUUUUGUUCAUUUACAAGAAAGAAAACAACAAAGACUGUCACCAGAGAUUCAGAAGCUAUGCUUUAUUAAUUCCUCUCCAAAAUCAAAUUCUUCAAAUUUUAAGAAUGUGGAGUUCUUUUUUAGAAAUGAUGAAUGUAAAAAGGAAAUUGAUUUCAGUAAUCAUCCUGAUGAUGAAGCUGAUGAAAUUAAGACUCUUCUGGGAAUAUUUGAUGGUAUUUUUUAGAACAAACCAAA